UCAAAGUUCACGCAACAUGUGUUUUUGUUUACAUCUCACAUAUUCAUGAAUUGGGUCCAUGAAAUUGUGCUAAACGUUCCUUGAAGCCUACUGUAUUUGUUAUGGAACUCUUAACUAGUGAUAUUGAGUGAAUCUCGCACCGGGUGUAGUUGUUUUCACAAUGGUAGUUGCCAUAGGUUUUGAAGGUAGUGCCAACAAGCUAGGAAUUGGCAUCGUUCGAGAUGGUGAGGUAUUAGCAAACUGUCGACGCACCUACAUUACUCCUCCUGGAGAAGGUUUUCUUCCCAGGGAAACUGCGAGGCAUCACAGAGAAGUAAUUCUACAAGUUCUGCAAGAAGCACUGGAUACUUCUAAGCUAUCCCCCACGGAGAUUGAUGUUGUUUGCUACACAAAAGGUCCCGGUAUGGGGGGGCCUCUUUAUUCAACCGCAAUUGUUGCUAGAACAAUAGCUCAGCUGUGGAGAAAACCUAUCGUUGGAGUCAAUCAUUGCAUCGGUCAUAUUGAAAUGGGACGAUUGGUCACUAAGUGUGACAAUCCAACUGUUCUGUAUGUAAGUGGAGGAAAUACACAAGUCAUUGCAUACUCAAGGAAGAAAUAUCGGAUAUUUGGUGAAACCAUCGAUAUAGCUGUUGGUAAUUGUUUGGAUCGAUUUGCCAGAGUGUUAAUGCUUUCAAAUGAUCCAAGCCCUGGUUACAACAUCGAGCAGGAGGCCAAAAAGGGUAAAAAGUUCCUUGUCCUACCUUAUGUUGUCAAAGGGAUGGACGUUUCCUUUUCUGGCAUUCUGAGUUAUAUCGAGGAACGAGCACCCAGUCUCAUAGAAAAAGGAGAAUACACCCCUGCUGAUCUCUGCUACUCUCUUCAAGAAACAAUUUUUGCAAUGCUAGUAGAAACCACAGAACGAGCCAUGGCACAUUGUGGAUCAAAUGAAGUCCUUAUUGUCGGAGGUGUAGGCUGCAAUGUCCGUUUACAAGAAAUGAUGGGCCAGAUGUGCCAAGAACGGGGUGCGACGCUGUAUGCUACUGACGAAAGAUUCUGCAUUGAUAAUGGAGCUAUGAUCGCCCAUGCAGGAGCUUUGAUGUUCUCCAGUGGUCAGACCACAGAAUGGAAAGAUACUUUUGUCACUCAGAGGUACAGAACUGAUGCAGUUGAGGUCACAUGGCGGUAGCGUGGACUCACUGUGAUUUAUCCUUCCCAGGCUGGUUGAACGUGAUUUCUUCAUCUCGAAUCACAUCGAAUGAUAGAGAACAAAUUGAAUAUCAAAUUUAAGUGGAUUUUUCUACUUAUUUCUGUCUAGAAUCACCACCUAGUCAUUCAAUUUACAGUAAGAAUUAGAAAAAUAACGGAUUUCUAAGUUAUAUUUUAUGUCGUGAUGUAUCUCCCAUUUUCUUUUUCUCUCUAACUCUUAAUGUACAGUAAGAUUACCUACUCCAACUGAUUCCAUUAUUAGUUAAUAAGAAUACAUUUUCUAUUCUUAUUUGUAUCAAAAUUUAUAAUUGCAUAAAUAACACUUAUGAUGCAAUUUGCAAAGUUCUUUCAAGUGUUUCCUGUGUUAUUGAUACGAAUGUAGCCGGAAAAAAAAACCAUCUUAUCCAUAUAAAUGUCAUAUAAAUGUAUCAUUUUUUGAUGAA